AAAGCAGCCAUUCCGUCUUGAGCUCACGCUGCAUCAGCACCACCGGGUUACACGCGCGGUCUGUUCGCUUCGGAAUCGGAAAGGAAUAGCUUGGAUACCUUAAGAUCUUAAUCGAUCGUUCUACACUGCAAGGCGACACGCCUUUCUCGACUUCUCGGACAUAACAGCUGUAUUUACAAUAAGAAUUUCAUCGUCGAAAGGGGAAGUUGGUCGUCAACUAACAGGUGCGCUAACAAGCCACAGAGCUAAAGCUGUAAAUUGGGCAGUCAUGGACGCACUAAUGAAAGGAUUCUCAAAAGCCAAGGAUGGGGUCGUGGCAGCGGCAGAGAUGACGAAGCAAGGAGUGACUGGGGCGGCUGAGAUGACAAAAGACGGUGUUAUCUUUGUCGGCAACAAAACAAAGGAUGGAGUCACAACAGUUGCAGGUAAAACAGUGUCUGGGGUGUCCCAUGUGGGUGGAGCCAUGGUGACAGGUGUGACAGCAGUGGCACACAAGACUGUGGAGGGGGCGGGGAAUAUCGCUGCUGCAACCGGAUUGGUCAAGAAAGACCCAGCCAAACAGGAGGAAGACACUCUGUCUAAAGACUCACCAGUUAAGGAGUCACCAGUGGACACAGAGGGUGGCAACACCACUGCCGAGGGGCACUCCGAUGGUUACUAGGACAACAGUACUGCCACAUGCGCCAUCGUCCAACAAUCCAGAACUACUGUAACAAUCCAGAACUACUGUAACAAUCCAGAACUACUGUAACAAUCCUGAAUCAACGCUCUAAACAUUCCAUGUCGCCAAGUCCCGUGUUGCCUCGUUGUGUCCUGUGUCGUGUGUGUGAAGCCACGUGUCUGUGGUUGAAUCGUGUAUGGGUGUACGCUUGUAUAUGUGUGUGUGUGUCAGUGUGUGUCUCGUGGAGUCCCCCCUUCAGUCGGUCCUAAGUGGGCUCAGUAUGCCUUUCGGGUCCAGAAGAGUGGUCCAAUGUAAUCUUCAGAGACUCUCCCACUAAGACGUCCCACUGGACACAGCAGUGAUCUGUACCUGUCUUUCUGUCUGUCUGUAGACUUGGGUCUGUUUGUGGCUUUUAAGUGACUACAAAUGCUGUAUGCAGUACAGUCCGCAGUAAAUGCGGUUGUAGUGAUUGGCCAUCGACAGUCCUGGUCACUCAGCGGAGUGCAAUGUAUUACAGUGAAAAAGCACCUAAGUGUCUAUAUUACAAUUAACUACACUAUACGAAUUUAUAAGUAUACUCUAUUUUUGUGUGUAAAUUGUCACUGUUUUUUGCGGUGGACUACAGUGCUAUAUGAGGUAUUUCUGGAUUUAUAUAUAUUUUUAUGUUCUCACUAUGUGGAUUGGGUCAGAUACCUGGUGGAGUUUAAAAAAGACACUAGCAUGAAACCAAACAAUUAAACUAUCUGUGACAUGGAGUUACGUUUGUUAAAUGUUGAAUAAAUGACAAAUAGAAAAAA